UCUCUCUCUCGAUUUAAGGUGCCAUUUUGUAUAUAAAUAUAUAAUAUUGCACACAAUCAGGUUAUACUCACCAUCACCUUUUGCAUCGUUGCUCUCUUUGUUCUCCUUUUCCGUGUCUCUUCGAGUAACAAGACUUUAAACAGUCUCCUUUUCAGUUACAAUAAUUAAACGAUGAUGCUUGCGUUGGAAGAUGUGUUGAGCGAGCUCGCUGGAGAAGUAAACGACAGAGGAUUACCACCAGGCUUCCGGUUUCACCCGACGGACGAAGAGCUCAUAACUUUCUACUUAGCUUCCAAAGUCUUCCAUGGACGUCUCUGUGGCAUUCACAUCGCUGAAGUUGAUCUCAAUCGCUGCGAACCUUGGGAACUUCCAGAAAUGGCGAAGAUGGGAGAGAGAGAGUGGUACUUUUACAGUUUAAGGGAUAGGAAGUAUCCGACGGGGCUAAGGACUAAUAGAGCCACUACUGCUGGAUACUGGAAGGCCACCGGGAAAGAUAAGGAGAUAUUUUCCGGCGGCGGUGGAGGAGCGCUUGUUGGGAUGAAGAAGACGCUGGUGUUCUACAAGGGAAGGGCUCCACGUGGUCUCAAGAGUAAGUGGGUCAUGCAUGAGUAUCGCCUCGAAACCGACCUUUCACACCGCCACACUUGUAAGGAGGAAUGGGUGAUGUGCAGAGUGUUUAACAAAACAGGAGACAGAAAGAAUGUUGGAAUCCAUAACCAAAUCAGCUACCUCCAUAACACUUCACUAUCAACAACACAUCAUCAUCUUGAAACUUUACCUUCUCUUCUUGAACCUUCCAAAACCCCAACCAACUUUCCACCGCUACUCUACUACGAUGAUACACACCAAAAUUACAAUAAUAACCUACUCCAUGGAAUAUCAGGCCACAAUGUCGACGAGCUCAAAGCUCUAAUCAACCCUGUCGUGUCUCAGCUCAACGGAGUACUCUUCUCUCCUGAAAACAACUACUACAACAACGACGAAGACGACAACUUCGGCGUGAAGACAGAGCAAUAUUCGAACGGUGGCAAUAACGAUCUUGAUGUACGAGAUUACUUAGAGAACCCUCUUUUUCAGGAAGCGGGUUACAGUCUGCUUGGUCUUUCGUCUUCUCCUGGACCUCGUAUGCUAUAUUAGAUUCUCCAUGUCCUUUAGGUUUCCAGCUGUAGAACCAGGCCUUUGGAUUAUAUAUUCGGUCUUUUGUUCGUUUGUUCUUUUUUAUAUAUUUCAGAUUUUGUAAAAUACUUAUUUAUACAAAUAUUAUUAUUCCUAAAAUCCCAGAUCCUUUGUAGAUAAGACUUGCUAUUUCAAUUUUUAUAGAGUAAUAUGGCUGCCCAGGGAAGCACAGCCUUGCAAGAAAAGCUAUUAGUGGGAGUUUCACUGUUCGAUAUGAUGUCAUAAAUACGAAUGACAUUGUUUUAUCUGUUUUUGUGGAUGGGUACUUAUUUCUGUCUUUAUCAUUUAUCUUGUUACGGGUCCACGCUAUUAUUGAACUGUGAAAAUGACAGUUGGGAUGAGUUGCUACAUUUGGCAGGUUAGAGAGAAUCAGCAAUGUUAAAAAUAAUUUUAAAUUUUAAAUAUAAAAAUUUAUAC